AUGAUGAGAUCUCUCUUGCAACUAAGAAUUGUCGAUCAUUCCGCAGGUUUUAUGUUUACUUGUCUAAAGCCAUUGGAAGACCAGUUUCCUGUCGCAGUAACAUCUAAAUACACCAUUUUCCGAUCCCUUGGAAGGGGUGCUUGUGGAGAGGUUUACCAAGUUUUUGAGCGUGAAUCGUGUCAGCAGUAUGCAAUGAAGGUGGUACAGAAAAAGUCAUUUUCUUUCCCUACCCGAAAUGGUCUUUGCAAUCGAGUGCAGUCAGAAGUUGAGAUUCUAAAGAAGUUGAAUCACGUAAGCUUCUAUAUUUGCAUGAAUCAUGCAAUGACUAGAGUUGAGCACGGCGAAUUGUUUGAUCGGGUGAUAAAUCUUGGCCAGUUGUGUGAGGAUGAUGCGAAAUUCUUAUUUUUGCAAAUUGUUAUUGCUACCAAGUAUCUGCAUGACAACGGAAUAACACAUAGAGAUUUGAAGCCAGAAAACAUAUUGCUGUCGGGGAGAUCGAACAGGUGCCUAAUUAAGGUGACAGACUUUGGUUUGUCAAAAUUUGUUGAUGGAAAUACAAUGUUGCGGACAUUCUGCGGAACACCUACAUACUUAGCCCCAGAGGUUUUGCGCACUGCCGGAACAGGCACCUACACGUCAUCGAUUGACAUAUGGUCACUUGGCGUGAUUUUAUACGUGUGGUAA